CCCAAGCUACUAAAUCUCUUUUUCAAAUCCUAAGAAAAAAUAAAGAACAAAAUAGAAGAAAGUGGUAAGAGCAAUGCUACUUUCUCAUUGGCUGUACCAAGAGAAAGGACAUACAUUAACUGUGUUCUGCUACCAUUUCUCUCUCUCUCACUUUGAUAUCCCUCUCUCAAUUCCUCUUGUUCGUAUCACAAUCAAAGAGAAGACUAGAAAGACUAGCUUCUUGUUCCUACGACCUCCAUGGCUUCCGGUGAUGUUCUUCCUCGUUUCUUCAGUGUCUAUUUUCCUCGUUUCUUCAGUGUCUAUCUUUCCCAUUACAGCUCUGACUCCUUGAUGAUACCAGUUUCGUACUACGAACACUUGCCGCGUCCGUUGCCCAAGACUGCCAUUCUCAUGGGAACUGGUGGAAAGAUUUGGAAAGUAGCAAUGAAGAGCAGGCAAGAGCAAGUGUAUUUUGAACGAGGCUGGACCAAUUUUGUGGCGGAUAAUGACCUCAAAGAUGGUGAGUUCUUGAGUUUUGUCUUUGAUGGUUACAGACGCUAUGAAGUGAGUAUAUUCGGUCACGGAGGCUGCAAGGAGAUUCGUGCAGCCGUUGAAGUGGAAGAAAUCUCUGAUGGGUCAGAGAGUGAGAACAAUGAGGGUUCUCUUGAAAGCGUCAUACUAGAAGAGGAAGAAGAGAUCAAUGAUGCUGAUCAGACAAAGAGUGACCCUGACUAUUCUCCUGAUAGUCCAGACACAACAACGAUCUCUGUUGAAUCUGCUGAGGUGUUCAAUUAGUCCGCCACCACAAGCAGGAAGAGAGGUUAUAAGAAACAUUAUCCUUAAAAACGUUUACUUGUUAGGAUCAAACUCUUCUCUGUUUCAGCUUUGUUAGGAUUAAUUAAACUCUGUUUGAGUCUUGUUAUUCUCACUCUUUGUACUCUCUCUCUCAAUGAGUAGCACCUCUUAAACUUGCUUACUCUUGGGAAUCUUGCUUCUCUUUUCUAAUAUGAUCUAACUUU